UUCCUCUCCUCUCCAAAAAAUCAGCCGCCCCUCUCCUCUCCAAUUUUCCGGCGAACAGAGGUAACGACGCCCCACCCUCUCUUCCCAGCCGCCGUCCCUCCUCCUUGCCUCCCCCUUGCUCUUCUUCCUCUACUCCUCUUUAGCGUGCCACGCAGCUCCAACCAGCAGCGACUAGUGAGAGAGGGCAGCGAAGCAGCGUUGCAACCGGAGACAACCGCCAGCAGCCAGCCUGAGCCGGACAACGCUGUUUUCUCUCUUCUCUUUUCCGGCGAACCCCACCAGCAGCAGCGACCGUCGAGGACCAGCGCGAAGCAGCAACUUGGGUAAGGAGCCAUCAGCGAAAACCUGCAAACAAAUAGCUCCAACAGGAAGUAUCAGCAACUCCGGUGAGCGCAAUAUUAAAAGCAGCAACAGCAGCUCAAAACAGCUCUGGCCAAGCAAGCUCCGGCGAAGUCCAAAAUUUUGGAUUGGUGGAAGACGGAUCUGUCUCCGGCCACUCACACUCAGGAAGCUCAACAUCUAAAAAAGUUAAUACAAGAUUAUACUUCUUCUUUCAUCAAAGUAGGAGAUAAGUUGAACCCUAUUCAGAAAGUGGUGAUUCGCAAAAGAAGAGUGAAAUGUCGAGAUUUGAUUACCCAACACUCCCCCGACAAGACAUCAUCGCUGUAUUAGGGGAAGCUCAAAUAGCGUCUGUCUCCGACGAAGAUCUCAUCAAACCCACUCCUGACUUUGUCACUAAACUCUACUCCAGCAUUCUUCUCCAUAUCGAUACUCUACAGGAUGAUCAUGAUCAGGUGGAUUUCUCCGCUCUGGAACACCUUGAGAACCCGGAUCUUCAUGUCGACUCUUUUCGGACUAUUAAUUUGUUUCAUAAGAUAAGGAACAUGUUAUCUGCUUUGGGUUGUCCAGAGAUAUUUACUCUAAGAGAUUUGAUCAAGCCUGACCCUGAUCGCACCCGCUUCUUUGUCGGAGCCAUCCUCAACUUUUGUCUUCACAGGGACACUAAAUUAAAUGCUAUAAGGCCGAUUGUGGAAGAUCUGACUCUCAUUGAUGAACAACGACUAGCUCUGGAGGCUAGAAUAUCUCAGUUAAAUGAAGAGAUUGCAGUACAAAAUGAAUCAAGAGAAAGGGAGAUGCCUUUGGUUCAAGAAAUAGAUUCUACUGUUAAGGAACUGAGGCAAACAAUUUCUGGUCUUAACAAUCACCAAAUGUCGUUGAAGGCCUCAAUAAGAAAACUUAAGGAAAGGGCUAAAGAGAUAGAUGAAAAGAUUUCUAAUGCAGACUUUGCAUUGGUACAAGCUGUUCAUGACAAUGCCAAUUUGCGUUCUAAGAUUGUCCAAUCACCAGAUAAGCUUCAGAGAGCACUGGAGGAAAAGAAAUCAUUUCAAGCUGAGAUAAGGAAUGCUGAAAGAGCAGCAAUGCAGUCUUUUCAAGAUAAAACAGCAAUUCUUGAGGUUUAUACAAAGGCUUACAAGAAAAUGUCCAAGAACUUCAAUCAGAUGCAGGCUAUACAGGAGCAGGUUAAUUCAACUAAAUCUAUUGAGAAAGAUGUUAAGGUUCUCAAACUAAAGCUGAGUGAUGAAGAAGUACAGGAAAAGUCCCUUGAAGCUAAAUUAGUAGAAAGGCAAGGAAAAGCGGACCAAUUGGAAGAAUUAAGAAAGCAAUUAGAGAAAGAAAAAAAUCUUAGUUUUGAGGAGGCUAACAAAGAAUUGAAAAAUGUUAAGUUGGAAGUGGAAUCAAAGAGGCAUGGUCUUGAAGCAAGGCAAAAUGACUUGGAAGGUGUACUUGCAGAGGCGGAUGCAAUAACUGAAAGAAUUAACUCAGUAAGGGAGUCUGGAGCAUUAAAAUGCCAAGAAUUGGACCGUAAUUGCGAGGAAGUCAUAGCAGAGUUUUAUCGCCACUCAAGCUCAAUCAAAGACUUGCUACCGGACAUUGAAGUGGACCAGGCAAGUGUUGAGAAAAAAGGAGUUGAUCUUUAGCUAUAUCUUACUCUUCUAUGUCUUCUUAUUUAUUAGAAAUAUUUUAUUUUUUAAUAUUAAUAUUAGAAGUGGGAGUUUAAGAGGACGAACGCUGUAUUCACUAAAUGUAAAAAAGGUAGUAGGAGCUGUACUCUUUUCUUGAAUAGUUUUGGACCUAUUUGAUUGUCAAUUGUAUUAUUAUGUUUCUCCAUGUAUUUCACUUAACUUUACCAAGUA